AUGAAGUCUAUGUACGUUCUGUCCUUUCUGCUGGCUGUGGCCGCUGUCAGUGGCUACGACACCGCUCAUGAUGACUUUGAUUAUAAUGAAUUUGUCAAAAAUCCUUACCUUUUGAGGGAAUACAACCAUUGCUUCAUCGAAGUUGGGCCUUGCGACCAAAUCGCUGCCUUUUUUCAGCCAUUCAUUCAGGACGCAGUAUUAACAGCUUGCGCUAAAUGUAGUCAAGCACAAAAGCGACUAGCACAUAAGUUCCUUGAAUCGCUGGAGCACUAUCUACCCGAGGAAUACGAAUUAUUCAAGAAGAAGUUUGAUCCUUAUGAAUUGUUUUUUGAUGCUUAUAGGGCUGCUUCAUUAUUACGUUACGAUCCGCAUUCUACGAUAGAUCAACAUGAAGUGUAUCUGCAUAUUGUCCUUUCUUCUGGCACUGGUUGCUGUCAAUGGCGAGACUUACACCACUGA